AUGUCAGUGUACACAGCCGUUCCUGGUGUAUCCAGAGAUGACGUCAUCAAAUUUUCCAAGGAUUUUAUGGCAGGUGCAACUGCAGCAGCAAUCUCAAAAACCGUCAUAGCGCCAGUAGAACGUGUUAAAUUGAUCCUUCAACUACAAAACUCACAAACAACAUUAGCUCAAGAAAAUAGGUACAAAGGAAUUGUCGACUGCUUUAUUAGAGUGCCUCGAGAACAAGGAUUCCUAUCGUUUUGGAGAGGAAAUUGGGUCAAUAUAUUAAGAUCUUGUAGCCAGGAAUCUCUUGGAUUAUCUUUCAAAGAAUUUUUCCGAAAAUACAGUUUGGAUGGAGUCGAUCCGAAAACACAACACUCCAGAUGGCUAAUAGGAAAUCUAGUAGCUGGUGGAGGAUCUGGAUGUGCCACUCUUGCCACCAUCUAUCCUCUUGAUUUUAUAAGGACGAGAUUGGCUAUCGAUUUGGGAAAAAGAAAAUCGGACAGAGAAUUCACUGGAAUGUUCGAUUGUGCUCGGAAGAUUAUCAAAAGUGACGGAGUACCUGGUUUAUACAAAGGUCUGAUACCAUCACUUCAGUACAUGAUCAUAUAUCGAGGAGCCUAUUAUGGUCUGUUCGAUACAACUGCUCCUUACAUGAAUAGUGAUGGAAAAAUGACGUUUACUGAAGCUUUCCUUGUCGGACAAGUGGUCACCUUGAUCGCUGCAAUGACUUCGUAUCCGUUGGAUACUGUCAGACGAAGGUUAAUGAUGGGAGCUGGAAAGAAAACGCUGCCAUUCCACAACACAAUAUCUUGUUUUAAAUACAUAUACACGAAAGAAGGUCCCAAAGCAUUCUUCCACGGAGCUCUUGUGAAUGCAAUUCGUGGAACUGGAGCUGCAUUAGUUCUGGCAAUCUACAAUGAACUGCAAAAGUACAUGUAA